AUGAAGGCUUUUCUGAUUCUGGGGCUUCUUCUCCUUUCUGUCAUAGUCCAGGGCAAGGUUUAUGAAAGGUGCGAGUUGGCCAGAACUCUAAAAAGACUUGGAAUGGAUGGCUACCGCGGAAUCAGCUUGGCAAACUGGGUGUGUCUGGCCGAAUGGGAGAGUAGUUACAACACCAGAGCUACAAACUACAACCCUGGAGACCAAAGUACUGACUAUGGGAUAUUCCAGAUCAAUAGCCACUACUGGUGUAAUGAUGGCAAAACCCCAAGAGCAGUUAAUGCCUGUGGUAUAUCCUGCAAUGCUCUGUUGCAAGAUGACAUCUCUCAAGCUGUAACUUGUGCAAAAAGGGUUGUCCGUGACCCACAAGGCAUUAGAGCAUGGGUGGCAUGGAGAAACCAUUGUCAAAACCGUGACCUCACUCAGUAUAUUCAGGGCUGUGGAGUGUAACUGCAAAAUUUUCCUUCUUCUUCAGCUCAUUUUGUCUCUUUGCACCAUUAAGGGACACACUGCCACUAGUGUAGUGUGUCACACUACCAUUGUUUCCCCUUCAAACAAGUAGCAUUUUUACAGAAGCAGGAACAAAAUAUAGCCUUUCUCCUAAGAGCCAUACCUUUCAUAAUUUGUGUUUUACUUAAUAGUAACCCCCCAUUUUCAGCUUACUAAUAAAGCUAAUGCUGGUGAAAACUUACCUACAACCUUGAUUAUCAAAUAAUCUACAGUACAUUUAGUUUUUUAUUAUAGAUAUAAUCAAGAMUUAAUCUUAAAUGAUACAAAUAUUUCCCAAUAUU